UUAACCUUGGACGCCUAACUGUUCAAGCGUCACUCCGCGGUCACAGCCAGACAACCAUUGAUGGGUUAAAUACAUUGUGUUGAAAUCAUUGUGAACCUUGUGGUAUCUGUCGUUUGUGCUGUUGUUCUUCUCCUGGUAUUUUUUUGUUUUUUCGCUGUGAUAUUUCCACUGGCGGAUUCCUUUAACUAUUCUAUAUAAAUCUUGUAGGCUUUUGGAUUGGACGGUCUAACCGUACUGAGUCACAGCUUUCGUUCCGUGUCGAAAAUAAAAGUCGAUUACAAUGGCAACAAUGCAAGUAAAUGAAUCAUCGCUGCGGCCAGACACAAUGGAGACUCUGCGCGAAAUCUGGUUAAAUAAAAACUGUACUGAUAAAACUGGUGAGCAGGUUUCGGCAAAGCGGAGCAGCUAUGACGAGCUUUUUGAAAAUCGACUCCAGCACGCUAAUUCCAGCGAUGGUCUAAAAGAAAUAAUUCCAACAGCCGCCGAAUGGUGGCUGGCGAUGCACAAGAAACCAUCUCAAGUCCCAGCACCCAUUGGGACAAGGAGACAACAGGACAUGUUUGCAGGUGACUAUGAUACUGGUUCUGGGUACUAUGCUCCACCAGGCACUAUGGAAAAAGCGCUUCCGAACUUUGAGUCUUCGACCUCGGCUCUCUCAUUUUCGACAGAUAGAACACAGACGACUCGUGUAUCAAACGAGGUCGCGAAAGAUUCGUGCCCUUCAUCGUACACUUCGCCAUGGGAGCCAUCGACUUCAUCACUAAGAUAUUCAACGGUCCUUCCAAGUCCACCUUGCCAAUCCAAAAGUUCCCUCAUACUUGACUCAGGAGGCUUCCACUCAUUUAACGCAACGGGAGAUACUGUAUUGUCACGUCUAAACCACUUCAGUCAGGAACAAUCGCGACGGAGACAAUGUACCCAGGAUCAGCUGCAACAUUUGGAACAACAGCAGCUCCAAUUGCAACAAAAAUUCGAAAAAAAAAGAUUGGAGCUCGAACGCAGGAAAAACCAGCUAGAAGCAAGUGAUCAACUAUAUAAGCUCAUUAAUAGCGUUAUAUUGGAGGACGGUGAUGAUAAGACAGUUGACCUUGAACGUCUUGAGAAACUUCGAUUAUUGAAACAACUUCUCGGGGUCGAGUUCAAUGCAGUUAACAACCAAAGGAAGAAUCCACUAGCUACAAAUCCGCUUUCUCUAGAACUACAUCAGCAGCACAAAAACUCCCGGCAACAGCAGCAGCGCAGUGUCUUGAGCGAAUUACUCAGGUCGAGAAUGGCCAUGUUGAGUCAAGGUUUACUGGUCACUGAAAACGUUCCUUACCUUAACGCGCCACUUCACCUGAAAUCGACGAAACAGAAUACAUAUGAAGAAGCUCUCGAAUCGCUCGAGAAUGAGGCAAAAAGUCGGCGUACAUUAGCCUGCGUGAAAAACGCGACUCUUACAUGGAAAGGAGUGCUUACAACUAGGCAUCAUGAUUCACCAACAUACGCUAGCAAAGUGUUCGUAGGUGGAUUGCCAUAUGAUGUGACGUCCGACGUCCUCGCCGUCAUCUUUGGGAAGUUCGGUGCAUCGGUUCAGUUGCCGCCGCGGGGUAGGGGACAUGCGUACCUUGUGUUCGAGAACGAGCUUCAAGUACAAACGCUUUUAAAAUGCUGUGAACUCGAAGAUGAUGAAAAAUUUUACUUUUGGGUACCAUCUAAACGGGGUAAAGAUCGUAAGGCUCAGGUGAUUCCAUGGGCAAUCGAAGACAGUGACUGGCUAUCGCCUGACUGCGCUGUUCCAGUUCCUCUGGCAACCAUGAGCGAGCCAUCUUCAACUGGCUCACGAAGUCUGCGGAGCACUGCAUCAGAUGCAUCAAGCCAUGAAUCUACAUCUUCUCUCGUCGAGGAGCUCACUGAUGAUGAAUCUCUGUUAUCCUCUGAAAGAAUCUCGUCGUUUCAAAAAGCGCACUCCGAUAUCAAUGGAUUUUCUAAGCAGAAUACGGUUUUCGUCGGAGCCCUGCACGGUGAAAUAACGGCGGAAGACCUUCAGAGAAUACUGUCAGAACUGUUCGGUCCGAUCAUCCAUGUCGGAAUAGACACCGACAAAAACAGGUACCCAAACGGCUCCGCGCGUGUGACGUUUGCCUCCACUUCGGCCUUCCGGGCCGCUGUCCUGGCAGAGUAUGUCCAGGUAGUGACGCCAAGAUUUUCAAAGACGAUCCAGCUAGACGCGUACAUUGAGGAUGGAACAUGUUGCGUCUGUGACGUUUCUACACCUGUGUUCUGUCGCCACCCGGACUGUUUCAGGUAUUAUUGUGCCACCUGUUUUAAUAAACAUCGCCUACAUAAUACGGACUACCAUCCGCCCGUGAUGAGGAACCGGCACAGUGGCACGUUUCAUACAAAGAUGAGCUCUGUGUACUUCAGUAACAACAGUACGAGCCUAGCUAAAAACAGCCCAACGAUAAACAGCGAUACGUUUUCGCUCUUCAUCACAGGAAUCAACCACUUUCACACAGGCUUGAAUGCCGCGUCUUAAGCUACUGAUUCGCUGAUGGCAUUUGCGCACUGACCUUUUGUCUUUGCAGGUCUGGAUAUUUUUGGCGACUGGCAACCAACCGGUUGUAACAUCUAGGCAUAAAUUCUGCAUGCACAAAUUAAAGCGCGAGUUUGAGUACGUUAAAAGACUUGUAAACCUUGCUUCAAUGUUGUGCUCGUUUCUUUCCACAAGUUUUCUUGUAUUUUUUCUAAUUAUCAUUUGAAUUAUGGCCAUGUGCUUAAUUUCGUACUUUAUUAAUUGCAAUUCGUACUAUUUUCGCACGGACAAUUGCGUACAUCUUACCAAGUCUUCCAUGAAUUGAUUGAUGAUACUGUUACUACCAGUGUUAAUAAUGAUACCGAUGAAUACUCUACUUAUAUCUAUAUAAAUACCUAUAUGCUUGAA